CUUCCAGUCAGACGUGCCGUGUAAAGGCUGUGAAGUCGCCAACACUGUCUACUGUCAAUUACCGCAUACUGUACCGUUCAAGUCGCUCUCUCGUAUCAUAGUCUAGCGCUAGAGUUGCUCUAAUAUCUACAGACAGCAGCAUUUCACAAGCAUCGCUACUUUGGGGCUUUUUGCUCUCGACUGACUUUGGUAACAUAUUUUCCUGAACAAAUAGCUUCUUAGAACGAGCAAGUGGGCGGAUAUGGAUAGUGACUCCGAACGCCUGCCUCCAGGCUUCGAACGCAUCGGCUACGAUGCUGACAGCCAAACCUACACGUUCAGCGGGCCCGACGGGCGCACCUACGAGUCCGAACCAGGCUGCCGCUAUGGCGAACUGUGGCCCGUCGGGCAGCCUCGUCCACCCCCCAGUGAUACUGAAAUAGAAGCCAACAACGAGGCGAUAAAGAAGGAUACACGAGAGGCUACGCGCAUGAUGCUACCGUUCGCGCUCCUCAUAUUUGUCUUCCUUAUACUGGUGUUCAAGCUCACAAAUGGACCGGUUUCUGACCAGGGCACUCCACAUGUUGUUGACUGUGCUAAAGGCAGUCAUCAAGUUCAAAUCCGGAAGGGCGACACAUGCUGGGCGAUUGCAGAACAACGUGGCCUAGGCGUAGAUGAGUUGCUGAGCUUGGGUGGGAAUGAGAAGGUAGACUGCGAUAGGCUAAGCAUCGGUCAAGUGAUAUGCGUUCCGCAGUCGCUAUGAAGUGUCAGGUUUCGAGAUAAUGUAUGUAGGUUUUAUGAGGCGUUUGCUGGUCUUGAUCUUGAUAUAAAAAGGCGUCAUCGGCGUCUUGUUCAAUACUGUUCCGUGAACUGAAACAUCACCCCAAAUACCCACUCCCCUACUAUGGAUAUCAUUAUAUU